AUGUCCGCGAUGUGCUCGACGGCUGUGUCCAGUCCGGAGACCGAGUUUUUGAAGCUGGAUGCGGUGCCCGACAUCACCAUCGGUGGCUGUGAUGGCGCCCCCAGGACUGUGAGGCUCGUAAAGAAAGAACUAGCUCCACGGGAGUUCAGAGACAACUUUUUCGUUGGUAUGUUGAGUCAUCAUAAUUCCGCUACAUUUUUCUCAAGAUAUUUCGCUUCACACGAUCAAGCUUUGGAGACCGUUAACGAGAUGCUACGUGUGGCGAAAAAGUGGGUUAUCAUUGCUGAUGUGUGUUGCGAGAAGUAUAGGCAUCUUAUCGAAGGAGCUGUACGCACCAUGGACUGGACCAAGAAUCUCCCUCAAUAUCGUACAUACGAGAAGACUUGGUGGGAUCAGUUUGACGACCAGGGUCAUCUCGUCUCUAUCCGCCAUGUUAGAGUGAAGGAGUGA